AAUCACACAAAUACAAGCCUGGGGUCGUGUUUCCUUACUGUUUAAUAUCCAGCGAAUGAUAUGCAUAAUGUCCGGGGAGGAAUAUUUAACUUUUUUCAUUGCUAUGCAUGUUUGAGAAGGGUGCAUUCAGAUAUGUUUUGACGUGAUAAGCCACAGAGGGGCCACUGUGGCUGCUUCUGCUGAUGUGCAUGACUGGUGUCUUCUCUCUUUCUUUUUUUUCCCCCUUAUCCAUGCCAGGCUGUGUGACAUCUUCUCCCGCAGUCCAGCUGUAGCUAAGACAAGGCCAGACGCCUUGUUCUGUGUUUGAUGGUUUUGAUGAGCCAGUAGGGGUGCUUAGAGAGAGGCCCCACUCUCUUGUGCCCAAAUAACGAGUGUCCCCCCUCCUUGGUGCAGCAGAGCUAUUUUUUUUUUUUUUUUUUUUAAUACAAGCAAACAAUGCAGGGGCUCGACCAAGCUGCAGGAAAGACACUUAAGGCAAAUUCAUAGCUUCCCAACACUUGUAAUGGGAGAUAACACACACAACAGAUGCUCCACCCUCACUUCCCAUUAUGUCAAAACAGGGUCUGUGUUGGACUGUGGGAAGGAAGCAUAGGUCAGAGGUCAUAACCACAGAACAAGUGUAUUUUCUGGAGUGUGAAAGUAUUACUAUCGGAAGCCCUAAAGCAUCACCAAUAAGUAAAGGAUUAACCUGUUUUGUAAAACACAUACACAGUUGGCUUUAAUGAUGUUAAGUAAUGUCGUUCAUUUUAAACUCGAAUGCUGAAGAUUAUUUGAAAAUCCUGAUCUGAGAAGAUUGGAUGACACUCAGCAGCUUUUUAGUGCUCCACACCUGUUGUUGUUUGUUGUAUUUGGUGUCUUUAUUCCAGCUGACUCGUCAGCCCCGGAGUCUUUUUUUAGAUUUAAUGAAUUGCAGUAACGCUAAAGGGGUUAGAGUGCGUACAGGGUUUUCAAAUCUCAUGUCAAAUCCCCAGCCCUAAUAGGCCCUUCAAGAGGAUUAGAUGGAUAUAAGUAAAGUGAGAAAUAGGGUACCACCUGGCAUAUCAUGUGCCAAUGUGAACCUAACUGCUGUCAAAGUGUGUAUGCAUUGUUGGUUUCUAGAAAUAUUACGUGCAUUCACGCUUGAUAACCUGGUUUUCGCCUUGAAAUCCAACCUUAAAGUUUGGCCAUAUAAGUGGUCCAUACUGGAUUUGAUGUGGUUCAGUAGGCUUUAUGACACGACCCCCGUGUAUGCAGUCAUGUCGCCUGUGUUUUUGUGCAUGCACACUGUGACCACGGUAACUUCUGUUUUCAAGGGAUUUGAAUAUUUUCAGUUGUUGCACAUUGUCACAGGUGCACGUUUCAAUUUACCAGAAAAACAGGAGCCUAGUUCGGGUUGGCAGAAGUGACGGCACGGUUGAAAAUACGGAUGAGGUUUCAAAAAGCUCAAGAAGCUUAAGAAACUUCCUCUGGAUCACUUCAGUAAUUUGGGUAAACUUAAUCAAAGGGAGUGAACCCACCUUAAAGUUUCUGUUUUUAAACUUAUCAUUUUAAGUGAUUUGAUUCCCGUGUCUAGAAAUAAGUGGUACAGUGGGCUUUAAUGAUGUUUGAGCGUAUUCCUUCUAUUAUACGUUAGUUUUGUUGCACUAAUAUAUAUUUAUGAUUUUGACACAAGGAUGUCAUUAUCAUUAUGUUUGGGUUUGAAUGACUAAAAGUAACGAAAUUUGAGUUGCUCUUGUAUGUGUUGCGAUGGCUGGUGGUAGCUAUCUUGCAGGAUACAUUUGAUGUGAUGAUAUUAUGAAGUUUUAUUGACGACAGUAAAGAAGCUGAAGAUAAUAAUGUGUUGCUGACACAGCUAUUUCAGUGCAUGUUCAGUCAUGACUUCUCUGUUUACAGGAAGUGUGGCCUUUUCAUGUACUUACGGCUCACUUCCUUUAACCUAUACAACAUUAUAACCACAGCUUUUUUCUUUAAGCUUUCCUUUUUUAAAACUUUGACUGGGAAACCAGAUUCUAAAGCUUAGCAUUUAUUUAUUUUAAGUACAAACAAUCUAAGCACAUACAAAGUCCCACACGUUUGUAGGCACCUACCUACAAAAAUAAAAAAAAAAAGGUUAAUAUUUGACUGAUUUUAGUAAACUUCAGCUGCAGAGAUCCAGUCUUUACUUAUUAAUCUUACCAACUCUAGAAAAAGGCAACGUAUCAGCUAUUGGCAUGUGAAUUUUUCACCAGGGUGUGUAAACUGUUGAUAAACUGUUGUCUCUGCUUCCUUUCAGCUCGAUAGGGAUGUAAAUGUGUUACAGUAUUCAGACCUACAGCCAAAGUCCAGGGAAGCCCUUUUCUCUUAUUGGACUGCGGAUGAAUGAAUUUGUCAGUUUAGGCAAAGUUCAGUACAGUCAAACAGCGGUAUGGCAACAGGAUGCAUCUCCAUAAUAUUCACCAGGAACAAUGUCCCAUUUAUUCCCUGCUUAUGUGACGUACUCGGAGUUUCAUGGAAUGCGCACAAUCCACCACAACUGAGUGAUUACGGAUGUCAGCUAAUGCCUUAGUCUUUCUCCUUUGGUAAUUUUUAGGAACACACACAUCUCCUGCAACCAACCUUCAGCUCUGGUUUGACCUUUUUUUAGCCCCUAGGGUUAACAACCCAUUCAGGCUAAUGCUUUGGUGGGAUAUUGGACACAGUACCAACUGUAUGCAUUCUCUCUAUUAUCUGUUUUGUUGGUGUGUUUUCCAUUUAACCCCAGCUUCAGGCAAAUACCAGCCCUACAGGGCAAUGCUCUCUAUAGGGGGAGUUUUGCAUUUCAAAGCAGCUUACCCUCAUCAGGCAGGCAAGCCACUGUGGGGACGGAUCCACACCUCUGUUUAACCGCUUAAGAGGCUGUUGUAGGGCAACUUUUGUUUUUCCUUUAUGUCCAAGGGUGUGGUAGUGAAGGGGCUCGGUACAGAGCGGUAGGUACUUGUAGGCAUACUGAAACUUGCCCUUUGCCUGGAUGGAAUCUAAGUCUGGUGCAGCCUGACUAGCAAGAUCUGUUUGUUUGAGGAGAGGCCCGACUGCAGAAGCCCUUCACGUGAUUAUGAUUACAUGCGUGGAGUUUACAGCACAGCAGCAGAGACGGCGGGAACCGGCCAAAGAAUAUACAGCAAACAGAAGGGGCCGCGUGCAGUAGAUGGGCGUAACUGGGCAAUCGGGCAGGGCCAAGAGGAAGCUGGAUUUAGAAGACCCUCUGUAUCUGCCAGAGUUUCGCACGCCAAAAGGAAAAUGCAGCAUUGCAGCACGGAUACCAAGCCCAAGGACUCCAAAAUCUCCGGGUGAGCGGACGCGGUACGACACGUCAUUGGGCCUGCUGACCAAGAAAUUUGUGGGUCUCAUUGCUGAGUCUCCUGAUGGAGUCCUUGAUCUGAACUGGGCCACUGAGGUCCUGGAGGUCCAGAAAAGACGCAUUUAUGACAUCACCAAUGUUCUAGAGGGAGUCCAGCUUAUCAGGAAGAAGUCAAAAAACAACAUCCAGUGGCUGGUUGGAGACGUGUUUGAAGGUGGAGCGGGUGGAGGGGAGAAGGCCCGUGCCCUGAGGAAAGAGCUUGGAGACCUAGAGAGAGCAGAGAGAUCUCUGGAUGAACAGAUUCAGUCCAGCACCACACAGCUCAAACAACUCACUGAAUAUAAAGAGAGUCAGAGAUUGGGCUAUGUGACGUAUCAAGACAUCCGCUCCAUCGGCAGCCUUCAAGACCAGACAGUCAUUGCUGUUAAAGCCCCUGCAGAGACCAAGCUUGAGGUGCCAGACACAGCAGGGCAGGGGUCUUUGCAGAUCUAUUUAAAGAGUAGAAAUGGUCCCAUAGAAGUCUACCUAUGUCCUGAUGAGGGUCUUGAAGAAGCUAGUCCUGUUAAGAGUGUUGUCACUCCCAAAAAGGAAUUCCCUCAAACGCAAGACCCUCCCGCUGCAACCCCAAUAGGACCACCGAGUUACAGCGUCAAAGAGGAACCUGUUGACUCCAACAUUUCCGCAGCAGCUCCAGCCGCCUCCUCAGCUGUGACCUCCACGUCCUCUCUGCUUGACGUAGAGGGUCUGCUGGGUUUGCCCCCGAGCCUGCUUCAGAUAACCGAGGACCAGCUUCCUGGCACCUCCUUCACGUCAGACCCCAACACCCCCUUUGUCAGUUUUUCUCCACCUUUGGACCACGAUGACUACCUCUGGAGCCUGGAAGACAGCGAGGGAGUGUCAGACUUCUUCGACACUUACGAUCUCGGAGAUUUGUUGAAAAGCUGAGGCUUAGAUGAAGGGAUGGGGCGGAGAAAAUUCAGGGAGAAGAAGGGUAAUAUUUAAUCGAAUGCCUUCUUGGGACAAACUAUUACACUAUGAAGCCAUCAGUUUUAAUGUCCGAUGGAGGAAUCAACUUCUUUGUUUAAAUUAUAAAGUGAAAAUAUUUGUAUAUAUAGUAAAUUUGGGCAGUAAGUCGAGUAAGUCUCAUAGAGAGCAGGAGUUAUUGUUUAUGUCGUAUUGUCAGCGAAAGAACUGAUGAUGCAUUUGUUUAUCAGUCAUUGUUUAGUGUGACCAACUCAGGAAAUUUUUUUUUACCCCUCGUUUCCAAAGUCUAAAUAAUUGUUUGUACCACUCUUUGGCCCAUAGGGGGCAGCAUUGUAUAAUGUCAGCUUUAACUGCCAUGCAGCGUUACAGGAUUCAAUCACUGGAUCAAAGUAAGCUAAAGCCAUGAAGAGCCAUACACACAGGGUCUGUUUGCAGUGUUUUCACCACUGAUCAAAUUAAGCUGUGAAUGAACUUCAGUGUCGACAUGCAUCUACAGCUCGAGAAUACACAUCAGGUGAGAUCUCAGCAUAGAUUUUAGACAUUAAAACUGGUUUUCAAAGGUGCUCAUGUUGCUUCUUUCAUGCCUUAAGCUUUGUGUCAAGCCUUGUGUGCCUGAAUGUGCAGGCUGUGACCCAGAGUCGAGUCAGAGGUCAUGACAAAUGGUGGCUAUUUUUUUUUUCUUUUUAUCUCUUUGAACAUGUACAAUCUUUGAGCGACGCCUUGUAGGUUUGGCAGCUUUGUUUCAGUUGUUGCUCUGUUGAGUUUAAUAGUUGUCUUUAACUGAGUGGUUUUAAUUUAUUAGUGUAAAGCUACUAUUGUAUUUCUUAGGAAAUAACCCAAAACGAAUUAAAUGCAGCAUCUGUGUUGCAAGGGGGGUGAAGAGAGGUGGGUGAUGGGGGAGAGGAGGGGGUUAAUUGAUGUAAAUGAGGUGUAAUUAGAGGAGCAAUUUCUUUUUCCGCUAGUUUUAAAAUGAAUGAACUCUGUUACUUCAGCAGAAACAGAAACAAUGAGAAAUUUGUCUUUGCUGUUCAGGUUUUAGGCCCACAAAUGCUUUCCCUGCCUGCUGCGGCGUAACACUUUUACAUGUCAGAGAUGUGCUCCUGAGGAUGGAGUAGCUCUGACUUUAAUCUGUUUGUUUGUUUUUAAAAAGUGUUUUUGAAGUGUUCUAGAAAUAUAAAAUUUGGUAUAUUUUUGGCUUUCCCUCUACACUGCAGAGAUAAGCUAACUGUCCUGUCCUAUCAAAACUUGAAAUUGAGUGUUGUGGUGCGUAUUUGACAGCUUGGGAAAUGGUUGUUGUGCGUUUGUGCGUGCAGGUUUUUUUACAAUGUAGAUUAGAGAAUUGUGAAUUCAGAUUUUGUAGUGUGUGUGUGUGUGUUUUUUUUCAAUGAGCAUUAUUGUUUUUGGUAUUUGUACAUAACUUGUUUUGUAUUUAUACCUAUUUUUUUCUAAAAAUUUGUUGGACUGUUGUAAGUCAUUCAGCACUUAAUGAUUUGUAAUAUUGUGAAGUUAUUAAAUAAAAUAUACUGCAGCCAUUGUUUA